AUGGCCGCUUUGCAUAGAAGAUUAAGAAGGAACCACAGACGACGUGUUGGUUUACCACGACCAAGGGUAUUUAGGGACAGAGGCAACCCACUGGAGAUGCUGGAGGAGGACGAGAUUUUCCAGCGCUAUCGAUUCCGACCAGCCACAACACACUUUUUGGUCAAUGGACUUCAUCAGGAAUUGACAACUGACACCAACAGGAACAAGCCCAUUUCUCCUCUCCUCCAAGUUUUGCUGUUCCUACGAUUUGUGGCGACAGGGGCCCAUCUCCGUCUGGUUGGAGACAGUCUUGGAAUUUCAGAGUCGUCCGUCUGUAGAUCUGUCAAAGCAGUUGCCUCAGCUAUAGUCGCUGUUUUUGCCAGACUCUACAUCACUUUUCCUGUCGGUGAAAUAGCAACAAAAGUGAAAGAAGGUUUCAGAAGAGUAGCAGGUACUAGUAUAUGA